UUUAACAUUAUUUCAUUAGCACCUGUUUACCUUCACACCAUUAGAGAUGUCAACGAGGCUCCACGGGGCCGCAAGUCCCUUCACGUCCCUGCGAAUGGCGAAAACAGGGAUCUCUAUGGGAAUUUUCGAUAGAAGGCAAAUUUUGCCACCUUCCCCAUUCCCCGUGGGGAACGGCAGUCGUGGCGCAACAGCAGUCAUGGCAAAGCAAUGGCGUAGCAGUGGCAAAGCAGUGGCGCAGCAGUUGCAGAGCAGGGGCGCAACAGCUACCAUGGUGCAGCAGUAGCAGUCUCAGACGUAUUUGGUUUGGUAGCAGCAAUCCAAACUCCAGUUUAAGGCAAAAGGGUGAGAUGUGAAAUAGAGAAGGGUAGAAGGGCAGCAAUGAAGGGAUUGAGGGAUU